AGAGAUAGAGGGGCUGAAAGAGAGAGAGAAAAGAGAGGGAAUGCAGGCACAGCAAAAUCGAGUGUAAAAAAAUCUCCACAUCUGAGAAAAGCCUCCCAGUGUGUGAGCUGUGAUGCUGUGGGCUGAGGCUGCAGCACGAAGACACUGGUCUCCUGGUGGUUAAACUGGUCCCAGUGUUUAAUGUGGAUGUAGCUGUUCAACGGGGACUUUUUCAAAACUUGGAUGGAUCUUCUUCUAGGAUCGUAUGCAAUAUGGAAAUGCUUGUCGGCCACUGCUUUGUAUGGAUUCUUGUGCAAGGAAUCUUCUGUUUGUUGGUUCUUGGGCAACAUCAUCAUGGGAACGUCACCUUCGCCAAGAGAGCAUCGCCUGAACUCAAGAGUCAAGACCAAGAGGCUUUCUCACAGAAGAACCGGGCGCAUCAAAUUGGGAGUCAGAACAUCAAACUACCCAUCGGUCCCUUAUUUCCUCUUUCGAAGCAGGGACUUUGGGAAAUACUUGGAGGGAAUUCCCAGCCGCAUUCCAACUCAUCCUCAAAGGUCAAGCUUCAACCGAUCAUGGAAGCUCAUGGAACAUCUAAAUUCUCCAGGAAGUUCAGUUGGGGAGACUUUUACUCGAACAUCAAGACAGUCAAACUGAAUUUGCUGAUCGUGGGUAAGAUCGUGGAUCACGGGAAUGGCUCCCUUGGAGUUUACUUCCGCCACAACUCCACGGGUGUGGGCAACGUCUCCAUCAGCCUCGUCCCACCGGCGAAGGAGGUGGUGUUCGACUUGGAGCGCCAAAGUGUGGUCAACCCCAAAGACUCGAAGACAUUCAACUGCAGGGUGGACUACGAGAAAACUGAACGCAACAAGAAGGUGAUGCUGUGCAACUACGACCCCUCAAAGACGUGUGCUCAGGAGCAGACUCAGAGCCACGUCACAUGGAUGUGCUCCAAACCUUUCCAGGUCAUCUGCAUCUAUGUGUCUUUCUAUAGCACAGACUACAGGCUGGUUCAGAAAGUCUGUCCGGACCACAGCUCCCAGAAUCCAGCCCCCGACCUGCCCGCUGGUUGAACAGGGGACGAGCCAAACACACUGGAGAUUAACGUCUCGAUAAAUCUAUGAAAGAGAAAUCUAGUUUGAGCAGCUGCGAGCAAGUCUGACAGACUGGUUUUGUGAAGGGAUUGUGAAGUGGAGCAUUUCUCUAGACAUAGUCUUACAAGUCUUACAUUUUACCAAACACUGUAAAGUACGUCUUUAGGACAAUAUAUAUAGCUUGUUGUAGAGUAGAAUAGUUCUAUUACCCUGUUUUUUAAAGACAUGCAUAACUAGUGCUGCAAUUUAGGAUUGUUUUGAUUGCAUGGCUUCAAUUGUGUGGGGGGCUCAUUGCAAUCUUCAGAUGAUUUGUUUUGUCCGACAACAAACCAAAAUCCAAAGAUAAUUGGUUUACUAUCACUAGUCCAAUAAAAGCUGCAAAUACAA